AUGGGUUCAUCAGUCCCAGCUCUGUCGGCCUUGAAUGGCCCGACAUAUGUCACAGCCCAAACAUUGAUUCAGCAAGUCGCUUACUUGUUGUCUGACAAGAUCUUCUCUUACUCACCAGAGACUUUCGAUCUUGACGCCGCUCUCAAGGAAUGGACUGCCCAGAACGAGACCAACGCCAACGGCGAGUCUCCCGCCGUCAAGACCCUUGAAACCCGUCAGGGUGCCGGUAACCUGGCCCUUGGUUACCUCUUCUCCCAGGACUUUGACCUGAAGAAGCGUCACAUUCCACAGGGCAUCGUUGCUUCGUCCGCAACUCUUCCCUACAUGCGCGCCGCCCUGGAGCAGCUCUCUCUGCUUUACUCCGUUGCCAGCCCCGUUGCCGCGCACGUUGCUGCCGUUGACUAUGCCGGCGAGGACGGUCUGGUCUCUGACUACGCCUCUGCUUUGUCUCUGGCCGAAGAUCUCGGUCUGGGUCUGGUUUCCAGCGGAUCCGCCCAUGAGUCCCAGCACAUGGCCCUCUUCACCACCCUGCUGUCUUCCGUUCUUCCUUCUCUUCACAUCUACGAUGGCGUCCGCGUUGGCCGCGAUACCACCCGUGUCAUUGAUGUGCUCGACAAGGAGGGUCUUACCCGCACCUAUGAGACCGUCCGCAAGACUCUCGACGAGUCCCGCAACCGUCACCUUGACGCCCAAGGCAAGGUUUUGGAUAUCUUGAAGUCCCUGAACGGUGAGCUUGGUACCGAGUACGGUGCUUUCGAGUACCACGGUCACUCGGAGCCCACCUCCGUCUUGGUCGCCUUUGGCACUGUUGAGGCUGCCCUCACUGCUCAGAUCGCUCGCUCCCUCGCCAAGGACGGCGUCCGUGUCGGUGUUGUGAAUGUCCGUGUCUACCGCCCCUUCAUCGAGGAGGAGUUCCUGCGCGUUCUUCCCAAGUCCACUCAGACCGUUGGUAUCCUUGGACAGGUUUCCACCCCACAAGCCGUCCAAGAAGAGGGUGUUCACUCCGCUCUUUACGAGGACGUUCUCGCCGCUUUGACUUUCGCUACAGACCGUGAGCAGACUCCUGCUGCUGUUGAGAUCAAGUACCCCCGCUCUCAGCGCUGGGAUCUGAUCUCGACCGCUGCUGCAUUCCAGCGUGUCUACGACCAGCCCAUUCUCACCAUUGAUGGCGAGACCAACGCUUCCCUGCAGUUGCUUGACCCUGCUUCCGUGCAGGAGUACACUUUCUGGGACGUCGACAGCUCCGUCACCGUGGAGGCUGCCCAGACCUUGGGCCAGGCCCUUGGUGCCGACUCCGCUAGCAACGUCACCACCAGCAAGGCCCAUGACAACUUGGUCCAGGGCGGUGCCGUUCGCAUCGACAUCCGAAAGAGCUCCAAGAUUGUCGAUGCCCCCCCUACGCCGUCACCGCUGCUGACGUUUCUUACGUCGGACAUCGAUGUUCUCGCCUCUGUCAAGGACACCGGAAAGAUCAUCAUCAACGCCCCCGGCAUCAAGGAUGAGGACUUGGAGAAGAAGCUCCCCGCCAGCUUCAAGCAGGCUGUUGCCCAGCGCAGCAUCCCUGUCUUCAUUGUCGACUCAUCCGCUAUCGAGGGCUCAUCCGUGGAUGCUCUGGUUCUGCAGGCUUCGUUCGUGCGCGUCGCUCUCCCUGCGCAGGAGGGUGUUGCCACCAAGAAAUUGUCUGCCAUCACUGGCAACCCCGAAGCUCUCGAAGCCGUGACCAAGGAUCUCGAGAAGGCUCUCCGCCAGAUCGAGGUUCCUGAGUCUUGGAAGGAGCCGGAGGGAGUCACUGAGAUUGAGCAGCUUCCCAAGGACAUCACCACCAACAGCUUUGUUCCCUUCGACAAGAACGAGUCUGAGCCCCCUACUCUUCUCAAGGAUUGGGAGACUGCUGCUCGCGGAUUGGCCUUCAAGGAGGCCUACGGAACCAAGGAUGCCCUUCGUCCCGACCUUGCCCACAAGACUUUCACUGUCCACGUCAAGGAAAACCGCCGCCUCACCCCUACCACUUACGACCGUAACAUCUUCCACAUCGAGUUUGAUCUCGGUAACACUGGCCUCAAGUACGACAUUGGCGAGGCCCUUGGCAUUCACGCUGAGAACGACCCCGAGGAUAUCAACGCCUUCAUCGCCUUCUACGGCUUGGACCCUGAUGCCAUCGUCGAGGUCCCUAGCCGCGAGGACCCUGCUGUUCUGGAGAACCGCACUGUGUACCAGGCCCUCAUCCAGAAUGUUGACAUCUACGGUCGUCCCCCCAAGCGCUUCUACGAGGCCCUUGCCGAGUUCGCCACCGACGAGAAGGAGAAGAAGGACCUCCAGACUCUGGGUGGUCCCGACGGUGCCACUGAAUUCAAGCGCCGCGCCGAGGUUGACACCGUCACCUUCGCCGACAUCCUGCUUGAGUACCCCUCUGCCCACCCCGAAUUCCACGAGAUUGUGCGCAUUGUUGGUCCCCUCAAGCGCCGUGAGUACUCCAUCGCCUCGUGCCAGAAGGUUACCCCCACCACGGUCGCUCUGAUGAUCGUCGCCGUCAACUGGACUGCCCCCAACGGCCGCGACCGCUUCGGUCUGGCCACCCGCUACCUCAGCCGUCUGCGCGUCGGUUCUCCCAUCACCUGUGAUGAAGCUGCCCCCAAGUCCACCCAGCCCCUCAUCAUGGCCGGUCUGGGUACAGGUCUGGCACCUUUCCGUGCCUUCGUCCAGCACCGCGCUCUCGAGAAGGCCCAGGGCAAGGAGAUCGGUGCUGUUCUGCUGUACAUGGGUUCCCGUCACCAGCGCGAGGAGUACUGCUACGGUGAGGAAUGGGAGGCUUACCAGGAAGCCGGUGUCAUCACCCUUCUUGGCGCCGCCUUCUCCCGUGACCAGCCUGAGAAGAUUUACAUCCAGGACCGUAUGCGCCAGACCUUGCCUGAAAUCAUCCAGGCUUACAUCCGUGAAGAGGGUGCAUUCUACCUGUGUGGUCCCACUUGGCCCGUGCCCGAUGUCACUGCUGUGCUUGAGGAGGCUAUUGCCACCGAGGCCCGCAACAAUGGAAAGAAGGUUGAGACUCGCAAGGAGAUCGAGAAGCUCAAGGAUGAGGAGCGUUACGUUCUUGAGGUCUAUUAG